AUGUUGAGAUUUAUUAAUCCACCAACAUUAUUUUAUGUUUUCGUUUCUCUUUUAGGUUAUCGCUGUCUAAGGGCUGUGGGGUUUUUAACUGGAGCCUUUAUUGGCAUUAAAGCCGUGUCUAUGUUACGCAUUUAUGUUACCGGCUAUUUGGGUGAACCAGCCGAUGCCUGCUCUUCUUUGGUGGGUGGUUUAAUAGGUGCUGUUUUGGGUUCCACAUAUCCGGUGGCAACAUUUUUUAUAAGUGCUUUUGCCGGAGUCAUAAUAGCCGGGGCAGCUAUGGCAGUUUGUGUUGCCACUAUGCCGGAUAAUGAAUUUGGUCAAGCUGAAAUCACUGUGGCCUUAAUUGGCGGCGCCAUUAUAUGCUCCGUGCUCACCUUGUGUAGCGCUAAAUAUAUAACCAUAUUAACCACCAGUGUUGUGGGUUCUGCCAUGAUUAUCUGUUCAAUUGAUUUCUUCUUACAUGGACUAAUGCUGACCAAAUGGAUUUUCAAUAUGAAACCUCAUCCCAAUCCUCCGGCCUGCUAUGGUGGUAUACUAAUAUUUGCCUGGCCGGUUAGUAUUUUAAUCGGUUUAAUGAUCCAAAGUUUCAUCACUGCCUGGGGUAUCGAUCAUCGUAAGAGGGUGUUUCAGAAACGUCACCAACAGUUGCAGCGUAUGCAGUCGAGACCACGUGAAACACGCGAGGAAGCUAGACAACGUAAAUUUCGUUACCUUUAUCAAGUACGAACCGCCAGGGGAGAUAUAAUAUCACAGGUGGGUUUUUAA